GGAUUCAGACAUCGAACAGCCCAGCAAGCGGAUACAAGUCAUCUUAACAGUUUUUUUUUUAACAAAAGCCGGAGAGUCACGAACAAUUCGAUCUAGGCAAUUGAGUGGAAAAGAUUUAAUUUUUUUUGCAUCUACUUCGAAAAGUUCGAACUCUACCAAAAAAAAAAAAAAUGGCAGUCAAAUUCUCCAUCCUCCUCGCCAUUUGCAUGUGUCUAGCAGCCACGUCGGCCAAGAAGGGCAGAAAUGAUUAUGGAAGUUAUGGAGCCAGUUACGCACCGGCCUAUCCAGCACCCGCUUAUGCUGCUCCUUCCUACUCAGCUCCCUCCUAUUCAGCUCCCUCCUAUUCAGCUCCCUCCUAUUCAGCUCCCUCUUAUUCUGAACCUUCUUAUUCUGAACCUUCUUAUUCAGCUCCCUCUUAUUCUGAACCGUCUUACUCAGCUCCCUCUUAUUCUGAACCUUCUUACGCUGCUCCUUCAUACUCUGCUCCUGCCUACGCUGCUCCUUCUUACUCUGCUCCCGCAUACUCUGCUCCUGCAUACUCUGCUCCUGCAUACUCUGCUCCUUCUUAUUCGGUUCCUUCUUAUUCGGCACCUUCCUAUCCUUCGGGUAAAGGUAAAAAAGGCGGCAGAAAAGGUAGAAAACCAUUGAAGGAAUUAAUGAAGGCCAUCAAAGGCAGCGAUAUUGACUUUGACGCCCUGGUUAAAACCCUCGCUUCUCUAACAGGAGACUAUUCCGCUACUUCCUACGAUUCUUACUCCGCACCGUCGUACUCCGCACCGUCGUACUCCGCACCGUCGUACGCCGCUCCAUCUUCCGGCAAGGGUAAAGGCAAGAAGGGACGCGGAUAUUCGAACUACCAGCAGCCAUCCUACGCUCCAGUCUACGCCGCUCCGGUUUACGCAGCCCCGGUUUACGCCGCCCCGGUUUACUCCACCCCGGUUUACACUGCACCGGUUUACGCCGCCCCAGCUGGCAAGGGUAAAGGCAAGAAGGGAGGCAAUUACGCUCCAUCUUACCCUGCUCCGUCCUACUCCGCACCUGCCUACUCGGCACCCUCUUACUCCGCACCCGCCUACUCAGCUCCGGCUUACGAGGCACCUUCAUACUCCAACUCAGCUUAUUAGGUAAAAAAAAAAAAAAAACUGUAGUAGAAAGAGAGGGGGGGGGAGAAUGAAAAGAGGAAAAGGAAGUCGGACUUUUUAAAGCCAGUGUUCCCGACUCUUAAUUCUAUCGUCCAAUUCCCCCUCCUCCUAAACUCAGAGAUACAUAUUAACGUCAUCAGAUGUCAUUAUUCGCAAAUGAUGGCCUUUUUAAAUUAUAUGCCAAUAUCUUUUCUAUAUUUUUCCUCUCUACUCCCCCCCACUACAAAUUUUUCUAUAUUUUUUUUAAAAUUCAGAACAAGAGUCCCCCCCUCCUCUCCCGUCCACUCAUUUCUAUUAACAGUUUUACAUGGUAGUCAACCAUUCAUGAGUGUAUAUAAUUAAUAUCUAUACUUUCAUCGCGCUCAAAAGACAUUGUCCCGGUUAAAUAUGUCAGCCAGAGGAUCCUCCAACAACAACCGACAACCGAAACCAAUUUUUUUCAAGUAGAGAAAUGAAAGCUAAAAAGCCUUACCCUCUCCCCCCCCCCCCUUCCUCCCUCCAAUCCAGAUUCUAUAUAUAUAUAUAUCAUAUUUUCACUUUAUAGUAUAUACAUGUAUUUAUAUAUAUUUGUAUACUCGAGUUGAUCGAAUAACAUUUAUAUAUUUAAUUGCCAAAUACACUGUCUCGACAGAGACUCACAGAUUUAA